ACUGCUUCUGGAAGAGUCCUGGAGAAAAGGGCACACGUUCCUUCAGCACAGUUGAGCCCCUACCUGCCUGGCAGUGGUCGCAGCUCAGCUUCUUCACUAUGGUGGAUCCCAGUGGCAACGAAUCCAGUGCCACAUAUUUCAUUCUAAUAGGCCUUCCAGGAUUGGAAGAAGCUCAGUUCUGGUUGGCCUUCCCAUUGUGCUCCCUCUACUUCAUCGCCGUGCUAGGUAACUUGACAAUCAUCUACAUUGUGCGGACGGAGCAUAGCCUACACGAACCCAUGUAUAUCUUUCUUUGCAUGCUUUCUGGCCUUGAUGUCCUCAUCUCCACCUCAUCCAUGCCCAAAAUGAUGGCCAUCUUCUGGUUCAAUUCCACUACCAUACAGUUUGAUGCUUGUCUGCUACAGAUGUUUGCCAUCCACUCCCUAUCUGGCAUGGAGUCCACGGUGCUGCUGGCCAUGGCCUUUGACCGCUAUGUGGCAAUCUGCCACCCACUACGCCAUGCCACUGUGCUAACAUUGCCUCGUGUUACCAAGAUCGGCAUGGCUGCUGUGGUACGGGGUGUUGCACUUAUGGCACCCCUGCCUUUCUUCAUCAAACAUCUGCCCUUCUGCCGCUCCAAUAUCCUUUCCCAUUCCUACUGCCUACACCAAGAUGUCAUGAAGCUGGCCUGUGCUGACAUCCGCGUCAAUGUCAUCUAUGGCCUCAUUGUCAUCAUCUCUGCCAUUGGCCUGGACUCACUUCUCAUCUCCUUGUCGUAUCUGCUUAUCCUCAAGACUGUGUUGGGCUUGACACAUGAAGCCCAGGCAAAGGCAUUUGGUACUUGUAUCUCUCAUGUGUGUGCUGUUUUCAUAUUCUAUGUACCUUUCAUUGGGUUGUCUAUGGUGCACCGGUUUGACAAGCGGCAUGACUCCCUCCUGCCUGUCAUCAUGGCCAACACCUAUCUGCUUGUUCCUCCCGUGCUCAACCCUAUUGUCUACGGAGUGAAGACAAAGGAGAUCCGGCAGCGCAUCCUUCGUCUUUUACAUGUGACCACCCAUACUUCGGAUCCCUAG